CUUGCCAGGGCUGCCGCGGUCCAAAUGCCAGCACAUAAAGCACGAAAACGAAUAUUUUCAAUGUGACGGGAAUUAUUGACGACAUGCAGGAUUCCCUGAGGCUCUCAGAUCUUCUUUGUAUUGACGCUUAUAUCUCGCGGCGCAAACGGAUCAGAAAGCACGACCGCGUAGGCUAAGAUUAAAGUUCGAAUCCGAAGCGACAUCAUGUAUGGACAUCGGGGACUGCUUCAACAUGUCUCAGAUUCAAGGUUCCAGCCAUAGGACCGCUGCAGAUGCAGAAACGGCACACAUUACGCAGUCCGAAUUCUUGCGUUUGCCUGGCGAGAUUCGAAACAUGAUCUACAAGCAUCUCUUCGAAACACACGAACCACGGAUAGAACCAGGUUACCGCUUGCCAGGUCUGCUCACCACAUGUCGGCAAAUCCACUUCGAGGCAAUCAGUCUGUACUAUGGCCUGACUCCUGCAUUCCGCUGCCUACAUGAAGCGAGCACGAUCUCCUGGCUUCGCAACCUCCCGCGUGAAAAUCUCAGACUUCUGCGUCAUUUGAAAUACGAUACCAUGUGGAUCAUCCUCACCCAGAAAUCUCUAGAGCAGAGCGCAGAUCUCGAAUGUCAAUUGUUCCGCUCCUUACUCAAGCGGUUGGCAGAAGAGGCUUGUGUCGAUCUUUUGCAUCUGUCGUGGUCCGUCAGCUUCUAUUUGCCUUUUGGCGGCAGAGGCCGCGGAGAGAUUAGGUGGACGGAUCAGCCCGAUGUAGUGAUUGAGUUGAUGCGCAACUGGCGAUAUGGGCUGGCGACCUCAAAUCAUCAGUCCUCCGAUCAACAACAGGCUAUGGUGAGCUGAAGUUGAGGAUUCCAAUCGCUGAACAGCAUCGAUGGGACGUCGAAUCUUUCCCGCCGACCUGCAC